AUGUCCUACCUCCUCUAUUCGGUAUCCGUUUUCGCCCUCGUCAUCGCGACGGUCCUCUACCUCACCCGCACCCACUGGCAGCCUUUCCUCCCGAACCUGCCGAUCCCGGGUCGCGAUUACAUCUACUCCCGCCUGCCUUCAAGUUUCACUGGCGACAUGGAGGUGGGCCUCUCGAGCUCGACCUUCGACCUCAGCGGCAACGUUGAGUCUGGCGACAGCCGCGCAGGCCUCGAUGAUCGGAGCAAGGCUGAAAUUCUCAAGAUCAUGAAGAAGCGCCGAAUGAGGUUCGACGAGGCUCGUAGGGUGUAUAUGGAGAACCGCUUUAAGGCCAACGGCAUCGGUCCUGACGGCCGGCCCCUCGACCCGAAGGCCGUCACCUUCAGCUAA